GGCGCAUCCUUGAGACUUAACAUUCAAUCUGUGCAGAUUUCAUGGUUUGCCAUGGCGGCGGGCUAUCGCGUCGCGCAAGCCGAAACUCGCCUGCAGCCUUCAGUGCUGUGGGCCCAGCGCAAAGACUCGGUCUUUGUGACCGUCGACGUCAAGGAUGCGGCGGAUGUCCAGAUCCAGCUUGAGGAUGCCAGCCUCGACUUCUUUGCGAAGAGCGGCGAGGAGGGCUCUGCCUACGCUUUCCACCUGGACCUCUUUGCCCCCAUCCGGCGGGAGGAGUCCAAGUUCAGCACUAAGAGAUGCCCAGUGUUCUUCCUUCGGAAGGGCGUCAGCGAGACGUGGCCGCGGCUCCAGAAGGAAGGAAAGUUCCCAUGGGUGAAAAUUGACUGGAACAGGUGGGCUGACUCGGACGAAGAGGAUGAGAAGGGUGGCUUUGAUACAGCAGAACUGCAAGGCAUGGACUUCUCGGGCGUGAGUCAGGAGGAGGUGGAGGGGUCUGAUGACAGGGAUAGCAUCCUGGCAGACUUGGAUGAGGAUAUUGCGGUCUUCACAGAUGAGGAGGUGCAAUAACCUUCAGACAUGGCAGGCCUCUCACUCGCAGAAAAGGC